GGUAUUUUUCAAAUAGUCCAGCCUUGGUCACACUGCUGUAGACAAGUGCAUAAACAUUUACUCCAGGUGACAAAAAGUAAAUAAAGGAAAAUUUUAACCGCAUCGCAAGCAGACAACACAUUUAAAAAGCACCGACAAACCGCUCCAGAAUGGCUUCAUUUUUCAACGUUGGCGCUUUGGGAAAUGUUUUCUCCACCCCAGUUGGACAGCGCAUAGAGGCCGCCACCGAUGCCAACUUGGCCUCGGAGAACUGGGCAGCCAACAUGGAAAUCUGCGACAUGAUCAACGAGUCCUCGGACACCGCCCGCGAUGCCAUGCGCGCCAUUCGGAAGCGUCUUUCCCAGAAUGCCGGCAAGAACAACCAGGUGGUGAUGUACACGCUGACCGUCCUGGAGACGUGCGUGAAGAACUGCGGCAAGGCCUUUCAUGUCCUGGUGGCCCAGAAGGACUUUAUCAACGAGCUGGUCAAGCUUAUUGGGCCAAAGAACGAUCCACCAGCUGCCAUGCAGGAAAAGGUUCUUAGCCUCAUACAGAUCUGGGCGGAUGCCUUCAAGAACCAACCGGAUCUUAAUGGCGUUACGCAGAUGUACAUGGAGCUGAAAAACAAAGGCAUUGAGUUUCCAGCCAACGAUUUGGAUGCCAUGGCGCCUAUUUACACGCCUCAAAGGAGCGUUCCCGAGCUGCCUCCUCAAUUGGUGGCCGCUCAGCAGCACGCAAUCUCGCCUCAACACAUGGCUGCCGCAGCUGCCGCCGCUUCAGCGGCCGCACCAACCAGCACAGGUCCUUUGCACUUGACACCCGAACAGGCGGCGAAGCUGCGCUCCGAGCUGGAGAUCGUCAGCAACAACAUGUCCAUCCUGAGUGAAAUGCUUAGUGUUCUGAAGCCCGGCCAGGAGUCGCCGGAUGACUAUGCCCUGCUCAACGAGCUCACCUCCACCUGCAAGGAGAUGCAGUCUCGCAUUGUGGAUCUGAUUGGACGCGUCCAGGACGACGAGCUCACCGCGGAGUUCCUGCGCAUCAAUGACGAGCUGAACAAUGUAUUUUUGCGCCAUCAGCGAUACGAGAAGAAUCGCUCGCAGGGCCAGGGAGCUGUUGUCACCUCGCCCUCUGCGGUGCUGGGCGCUGCAAUGGGCCUGCCCGGAGUGGGAGCUGCUGGAGCGAACACUUUGGCCUCUCUCCCACCUCCGCCCACAACAACUGCCGUGAGCAAUACGCCGCAAAGUGACCAGCUGCUGAUCGAUCUGAUCGAGAGCAGCGAGGAGGCCCAACUGCCGCAGAAUCUGGGUCAGCUCAGUCUGGGUGGAGGAGCACCUCUCGCUGGCCAGAGGGGAGCGAAGCCACCCGAUGAGUUCGAUAUGCUGGCUCAAUCGCGCACCGAUGGCAACCAUAAAUCGGAUAUGCUUAGGGACAUUCCCUCCGUGGACGCCGCUGCUGGAAGUGUGACGGCCACAAUCUCGCCUUAUGAACAGAACCAACCGCAGCAGACACAGCGAUCAGCCGGCGAUCCGCCGGUGGUAAGUAAAUCGACGAAAGAGAAUGAGAUCGACGAGAUGGAGGCGUGGUUGGGCAGCUCACACAUUGAGGGCAUUGAGGAACUGACUAGCUCGGAGUUUGAUAAAUUCCUUGAGGAGCGAGCCGCUGCUGCCGAAAAUCUUCCAACGAUCAAUGCAUCGAACUCCGCCGCCAGUGCCACGACAGGAUCCGUCGGAAAUGACAGCUUACGAAAGACACCAAAGAAACCGGGCGCCGAGGAGGAUCUGCUCGCGCUUUGAGUGAUCUCCGCAAGCUCUAUCAUCGGCUCUAAUUGUUUACUCUUUCAAAUGUUACACACACCCUAACAUACUUAUGCAUAACGUCUAUAUAAUAGCAGAUACAUAUUUAACACUUAUGUGAAAUGCUUUUAAUUUUUACAAAACUGCAACGAUAACUAUUGAUUAUAUUCAAAACAAAAACAAAAAGCGAUCUUUUGUUGGUCUAAUUAUAAGCCACGUCUACACAUAUUGAUGGUAAUUUAAUGUAUUACGUUACAAGUCUAUUUGUUGUUUAUUUAUACAUAUAUACAUACAUUAUAAAGCUAAUUUAUUUUACAUAAACCAAACGAUCGAAAAGAAAAACUAAAACAAAAGCAAAAUACAUUUCAAGCACGUACCGAA